AUGGGAAAAUUGGCUGUUUUUGUUGCUCUUGCUGGUCCUACUGGUCCUGCUGAUCCUGCUGGUCCUACUGAUCCUGCUGGUUCUGCUGGUCCUGCUGAUCCUGCUGGUCCUACUGAUCCUGCUGGUUCUGCUGGUCCUGCUGAUCCUGCUGGUCCUACUGAUCCUGCUGGUUCUGCUGGUCCUGCUGAUCCUGCUGGUCCUACUGAUCCUGCUGGUUCUGCUGGUCCUGCUGAUCCUGCUGGUCCUACUGAUCCUGCUGGUUCUGCUGGUCCUGCUGAUCCUGCUGGGCCUACUGAUCCUGCUGGUUCCUUUACCAAACAAACAACCGAGUAUUUAACUUUAUCAAACCCAACCCGCCAGCCUUUGGCUUUCAAAGUCAAAACUACGGCUCCAAAAUUAUACUGUGUUCGACCAAAUGCCUCUAUUGUUCAGCCAGGAGAAACUUUACAAAUUUCAAUCAUUUUACAAGGAUUUUCUCAACCUUUACCUUCAGACUACAAGUGUAAGGACAAAUUCUUAUUAGUUUCAGUUCCUGCAUUGCCACAAACCGAUCCAGUAAAAGUUGGUGAAUUAUGGUCCCAAUUGGAAAGUCAGAAUAAAAGCCAAGUUGUCUCUAAAAAGUUAAGAGUCAGUUAUGUAAUUGGCCCUGACAAGCAGGACUCAAAACCCGCUGGUACCGGUACUACCGCUAACGUACCUAAUGGUACUCCUGCAGCUGGUACUAAUACUGGUGCCAGUUCUGCUGCCGCUGUUGCCGCUGCUGUUGCUGGAUCCCAUGGUACUCAUAACCAACAACAACAACAACAACAACAACAACAACAACAACAACAGCCUCCUCAGCAACAAUACCAACAAGAGAAACAACACCCUACUCAAAACUUCAAUGCAGGAUACCAAGGUGGCUAUGGUCAACAACCACAACAACAACAACCAUUCCACCCAAAUGGAGAUGCUUCUUACAGCCAGUCUUCUAAUGAUUUCGGUGCUCACAGCAGAUCAUUCAAUGAUACUUCAUCCUUAAACAAUGGUUUUGGUGGUAUUAGUUACCAACAACCACAACAACAACAACAGCAACAACCACAACAACAGCAGCAGCAGCAGCCUCAAAUUCACCAACAACCAAGUUAUCAAGGUUCUUACAAUGGCGGAUACGGUACUCAACAGCCACAACAACAGGGAGCAACUUCAGCAGUUCAACGUGAAUUGGAGGCCUUGGCUAGACAGGUUCAAACUUUGUCUAGCAAAUUAGACCAAAACGAAAAAGCUGCUGCUUCACGUUCACCAGUUGCGGCAAUUGUCGAUAGUGAUUUAGCCGCCAAUGGUGUUUCUUUGCCAUUUGCUUUAGUUUUGAUCUUGAUUGCAUUCCUUCUUGGAUGGUUAGUAUUCUAA